AUGACAAAGCCACAUAUUGAGCUAAUGCGGAGAGCACCUUUUUGGGGGUUGUUCAUAUGUUAUUUGGAUGGUUUUAUUAUUGAAGAUGCAUGCAAGAAAUCAAAUAAUGAUAUUGUUUCUAUUUUGAAAUGUUUUGACAAAGGGAAAAAGGCUUUCGUUUUUGGGGAAAGAAUUGAACGGAUAACAGGAAAUGAUAUGUCUUUACUGUUUGGGUUGCCCUAUGUAGGAGAAGAAAUCAAUUUUCAGCACUACAAGAGAAUAGUAGGUAGUGGUUUCAUGGAAAGACAGCUUGCUGAUUACAAGGAUUUGAGCAAAAGGGUUUUGGAGGAACAACUAUUGAGGGUGGUUAAGCUGCAUGGUAGUGUGGAGGAGAGUGAUUUCGUGCGUUUUGUUUGUCUAUAUUUCUGUAUGACACUAUUCUUUUGUAAUAGUGGAAACAACCUGAUGAAAAAAAUGAUUGCGUAUGUCAACAAUUUGGAAAUGAUGCACAUAUAUGCAUGGGCGACUGCAGCAACACAGAACCUAGAGAACUCUCGUUUGAAUAUGAACUCUGUGGAAAGUGUGUGUGGUUGCUUAGUUGGCUUGCUGUUUUGGGUCUGUGAACGUACAAAGUUAAUUCAGCCCACAAAAGAAAGAGAACAUAUUUCCUCUAAAUUCGUGAAAUGGAAUUUGUUGGAGCUAUAUGCAAAAAUGAAAUGUGUUCCAAUUCAUACGUUACAGGAGAUUAAGCCAAAAUAUGAAACCAGUCCCACAAUCAAAGGUACCCAAAUUAUGGAAAUAAUUUCAAAUAGUGAUGGGAAGAUAAGCAAGACACAUAUAAAUUCUAUCGAUGACUUUGAUCCUAUUAAGGCAUUUCAAUUGCUACCUACUCAGUUGAUGGAAUGCAAUCAGGAAGGACCUUCAAAUAGUGAGAUGGACAUUUAUGAUAUGCAAAGAAAACUGCAAGAGGUCACUACAAUGUUGGAUGUGGAAUGUUUGAAGAACAAGGAUCUUUUUACAGAAAAUGAAAGGUUGAAGAAGGAAAUUGUGAAGCUUCAAAAAGGAAAGGGAAAAGAUGAGUCACCAGAACAAUGCAAUAUGAUU